AUGUUGUGGUCUCACGGCUUGAAGGCGAUUGCCCUGGUGGCCUCGUGUUGGGCGUCGACGAGUGAUGCCAUCACAUACUCUCCGUUGAAGCCUCCAUCAUAUCCAUUGGCCGUGCGGAGUCCAUAUUUGUCGGCGUGGAUCCCCGGCAAUGAAGUCGCGUCACUCUCCUCCAACAACGCGCAAUUCUGGGCCGGCAACAAGCUGAUCUGGUCGGUUAUCGCUCGAGUUGAUGGAGUCGCGUACAACUUGUUUGGCGUGGCCAGCCCUCCCAGUGGCACCCAGUCAGCCACCGUCACCGAAGCGACUUACACCACCACUCAUUCCACCUUCACCGUAACUGCCGGAUCGCGCGAAUUCACACUAGACUUCUUCUCGCCGGUAUCGCCCAAGAACUAUCUGCGGCAAUCCCUGCCCUUCUCCUAUCUCACGGUGACCCUCACUGCUGGAGAUUCUGCUUCGGUGCAGGUGUACUCGGAUAUCGACUCGAGCUGGACCGGCCAGACUAGCGACUCCAGUUGGAGCUACUCCACCAGUGGAUCGACGGGUGUCUUUCAGAUCGAGACGGUCGGCGCGGCCACCUACUCGCAGAACAGCAACGGCCAAGCUCUGUGGGGCAGCGCCGUCUACGCCACCCGCCCCUCAAACUCCUCUUCGCUCUCCACUGCCUCCGGCCCUUCCCUGAGUGUCCGGGAGUCGUUUGUCAACAAUGGCAGCCUCACGGGCAACCAUGCCAACUGGAGUUCCACGGGUGUCGUCGCACUCGCGCAUGAUUUGGGGACGACGGCGGACGAGUCGGCGGUGACUUUUGCGAUCGGUCACGUGCGAGAAGAGUCGAUCAACUUCUUGGGCGACGCGCAAACGGGCUACUACCGUGCCACUUACUCUGAUACGGUGGAUGCGGUGGUGCAUUUCUUGGAUGACUACGACGAUGCCUAUGCCGAGUCGACCCAGCUGGAUAAGUUGAUCCAGGAUACGGGUACUUCCAGCUAUGGGGCCAACUACUCGGACAUUCUAGCGCUCUCAGUGCGACAAGUUUACGGAGGCAUCGAAGUGACUAUUCCGAAUGACUCGCUAGACACGAGCGAAACACGCGCUUUCAUCAAGGAAAUCUCCAGUGAUGGCAACAUCAACACGGUUGAUGUUAUAUACGCCACGUUCCCGAUAUUCUACGUAUUGAGUCCCGAGAUUAUCAAGCUGCUCAUCGCCCCCGUGUUCGAGUACAUGGGCACGAGCGCCUAUACCAAGUCGUACGCCGUGCAUGAAAUCGGUGCCAACUACCCCAACGCGACGGGUCACCCGUCCGAUGGCGAGGAGAUGCCAAUUGAAGAGAGCGGGAACGUCAUCUUCCUCACGUACGCCUACCAAGCGGCUACGGGAAACACCGACCUAUCUACCACAUAUUCGGCCCAGCUGAAACAAUACGCUGACUAUCUCUAUCAAAAUGGACUAUACCCCGCGUCACAGUUGUCUCUCAACGAUGCGCUCGGCGCAUUGGGCAACCAGACCAACUUGGCCGUCAAGGCCGCCGUGGGCCUGGCUACUUAUGGUGCCUUGUCUGGCCAAAGCAACUACACAACCGCCGGCAAAGAAUUUGCUGACAAGAUCUGGACGGACCGCCUCGGCACGGAUGCUGAUGGCACCCACUUCUUGAUCCAAUAUGGAACCGACCCGUGGUUCCUCGUUUAUAAUCACUAUCCAGACCUGCUAUUCAGCCUGAAUGCCUUCCCCGACGAGGCCUAUAAUGCCACUGCUGAUUUCUAUCCGACGGUGCGCAGUGCAGCCGGGGUACCCUUGGAUGGGGCUAUUGGCUGGGGUCAAACGAACUGGCAGUCCUUUGUCGCUGCCACCGUGAGCGGUGAUACUCGGGACAUUCUAAUCAGUGAUUUGCAUACGUAUAUAUCGAACGGGUUGAAUUCGGCUCCCUUCUGCGAUCGUUAUUGGGUCGAGGAUAGCGGGAGUUAUGUGGCGGGUCAGGAGAACUCGUUCCGUGCGCGGCCCACGCUGGGUAGUCACUUUGCGCUGGCAGCCCUGUCGGGUGCUAACAUUUGGUCUUCUUGA